AUGACGUUGCAGUAUUCAAAUCCUCCUCAGCACUAUGACACGGUGCAGUAUUCAAAUCCUCCUCAGCGUUAUGACACGGUGCCACAGCACUAUGACACGCGUUAUGACACGGUGCCUCAGCACUAUGGCACGGUGCAGUAUUCAAAUCCUCCUCAGCACUAUGGCACGGUGCAGUAUUCAAAUCCUCCUCAGCACUAUGGCACGGUGCAGUAUUCAAAUCCUCCUCAGCACUAUGGCACGGUGCAGUAUUCAAAUCCUCCUCAGCGUUAUGACACGGUGCCUCAGCACUAUGGCACGGUGCAGUAUUCAAAUCCUCCUCAGCGUUAUGACACGGUGCCUCAGCACUAUGGCAUGGUGCAGUAUUCAAAUCCUCCUCAGCACUAUGGCACGGUGCAGUAUUCAAAUCCUCCUCAGCGUUAUGACACGGUGCCUCAGCACUAUGGCAUGGUGCAGUAUUCAAAUCCUCCUCAGCACUAUGACAUGGUGCAGUAUUCAAAUCCCUCUCAGCACUAUGACAUGGUGCAGUAUUCAAAUCCUCCUCAGCACUAUGGCACGGUGCAGUAUUCAAAUCCUCCUCAGCACUAUGGCACGGUGCAGUAUUCAAAUCCUCCUCAGCACUAUGGCACGGUGCAGUAUUCAAAUCCUCCUCAGCACUAUGGCACGGUGCAGUAUUCAAAUCCUCCUCAGCACUAUGGCACGGUGCAGUAUUCAAAUCCUCCUCAGCGUUAUGACACGGUGCCUCAGCACUAUGGCACGGUGCAGUAUUCAAAUCCUCCUCAGCGUUAUGACACGGUGCCUCAGCACUAUGGCAUGGUGCAGUAUUCAAAUCCUCCUCAGCACUAUGGCACGGUGCAGUAUUCAAAUCCUCCUCAGCGUUAUGACACGGUGCCUCAGCACUAUGGCAUGGUGCAGUAUUCAAAUCCUCCUCAGCACUAUGACAUGGUGCAGUAUUCAAAUCCUCCUCAGCACUAUGGCAUGGUGCCGUAUUCAAAUCCUCCUCAGCACUAUGGCAUGGUGCAGUAUUCAAAUCCUCCUCAGCACUAUGGCACGGUGCAGUAUUCAAAUCCUCCUCAGCGUUAUGACACGGUGCCUCAGCACUAUGGCACAGUGCAGUAUUCAAAUCCUCCUCAGCGUUAUGACAUGUUGCAGUAUUCAAAUCCUCCUCAGCGUUAUGACACGGUGCCUCAGCACUAUGGCACGGUGCAGUAUUAA